CAUUGUUAUUUCAUCUACUCAUGGAUCAACAGCAGUCAGGAGGAUGGAGUCCGGUGGAGCCUGCCACACCAGAGGUGCAGCAAAUCUGUGAUAAGGUAAAGCCACAAGUUGAAGUACUCGUACCUGGAGCCGACGUUAAUGUUUUCUCUGCUGUAAGCUUUGCUUAUCAGAUUGUGGCAGGAAUGAAUUAUGUAAUCAAGGUGGAUGUCGAUGGGAAUGUAUGCGUUCAUGUGAUGGUAUCAGCAGCUCUGCCUUGCUUUGGAGAGGAGCUGAAGGUGCUGAGAAUCCAGUACCCUAAAGACCCCAGUGACCCUCUGCAACCCUUUUGAAUAAGCACAUACAAACAUCUACAGGCACUCUUUUUUAUAGUGUAACAACACUGUAACAAUCUUAAACAUUCUGACACUCCAGUGCCUGUGUAAAUGUGUAUUAGUGUGAACAUCAAAUCAAGUCACUCUACUAAAAAUGUAUUGUGCUGAAGCAGCUGAACAUGGACAGCAUUAGUCCAAAAGAAAAGAAAAGAUACUUUUCAAAAUGAAGGAAAAUAAAAUCAUACAUAUGUC